GUCGACUUUUACGACCUAAUAGCAAAAUGGAUAAAAGAUGUUUCUUCUCCUUUAGCCUGGUUUAUCCUUUUGUUUUGGCUUCCACCAUUGCAGCAGCUUCUGCUCAAAGGUGCGGACCGAUUAAGGCUACCGACCAGGAUCGGCUUCAGUUUGCUCUGAACUUGGAAUUUCUUGAAGCAGAAUUCUUCUGCUAUGGCUCACUUGGUCGCGGGCUUCAUUCUAUUGAUCCAGCUCUAGCCGAUGGUGGUCCUCCUCCAAUUGGAGCCCAAAAGGCCAAUCUUGAUCCUGUUACCCGUCAAAUUAUCGAGGAAUUUUGUUAUCAAGAAGUUGGGCAUCUCAGGGCUAUUAAAACAACGGUUGGCGGAUUAAGAAUGCCUCUAUAUGAUUUCAGACGAACAAGUUUUGCAAAAACGUUUGAUGUAGCAGUGGGCAGGAAAUUGGACCCUCCGUUUAACCCUUACAUGAACACAGUCAACUAUCUAAUAGCAUCUUACGUUAUACCUUAUGUAGGACUGGUAGGAUACGUUGGCACCAUUCCAGAACUGGCCAACUACACUACUAAGGCACUUGCUGCAUCAUUGUUGGGCGUGGAGGCAGGACAGGAUGCAGUCAUAAGAGCACUACUAUACGAGAAAGCCGAUGAGAAAGUGAAGCCUUAUAAUAUAACAGUUGCGGAGUUUACUAGUCGAAUAUCAAACUUUAGGAAUGAGCUGGGGAUGUGUGGAAUCAAAGAUGAAGGUAUAAUUGUACCCAGAGAACUUGGAGCUGAGAAGAGAACUCAAAGUAAUGUAUUAUCAGCAGAUGCAAACUCACUCUCAUAUGCCCGUACACCACCUGAGAUUUUAAGGAUAUUAUAUGGAACUGGCGAUGAAAGUAAGCCUGGUGGUUUUCUGCCUCAGGGUGGAAACGGUAGGAUUGCAAAGAGUUUUCUGCCUUGAAUUUAGUAUUAUGGGUUAGAUAAUUUAUAUAUAUUACUCAUUAAUGUAAGAUUUAUAUAAAUAUACUUUAUGGGUAAUUUGUAUCCAUGUAGCCGAGCUUAAACAAAUAAUAAGAAUAAUAAUGCUCGAGUUUAAUGCAUUCAGGAUCAGUGCUAAAUAAAGUAUUAUUCUCUUUC